GUCACGCGCACUCAUAAUACGUGCAAACAGACAACAGUCUAUAUUUUCGUCUCAAAUUCUCGAUGGUCGGCGCAGCCUUGAUCGUCUGCGCGAAACCGGUGCGAUAGGUCGUCGUCGUAUAUUAUUCAAAUAUAUAUUAUUGAUACGCGAGCCACCUACAGCAGUAAUCGUAUCGCAGACGAUCGGUGCAAGACGUCGGAACGCAACACGGAAAAACACGUAUUUCGACGUGUUAAUUGAAUAAAACACGGUAUUUUGUUAUAUCUACUGAACGCUGCACGGGCCGAACGCGGGUCUUACGCGAUGGAGCACAGUCAACUUUCGUCCGGUUCGUCCAGACAGAUCGCCGCGUGCAUUGUCGCGUCAUUGCCUGUGUUCAUGGCAGGCAUCGUACUCGGAUGGCCUUCACCGGUCAUGGAAUACAUGUCAGCUGGACAAGCACCCGUGUCACUGACGUCGGCACAGAUGUCGUGGAUGGUAGCCUGCAUCGAUAUCGGCAACUUCGCCAUGGCUGUGCCCGCGGGAUGGCUGAUGGACCAGAUUGGGCGUAAGUACGCCGUAACCGCAUCCGCACCGAUCAUGUUCGUCGGAUGGAUGUUCAUAUUGUUUGGUCGACAAGUAUGGUGCCUGUUCGUGGCCAGGCUUCUCCACGGAGCCGCCGUUGGGAUCGCAUGGGUGGUGGCACCGGCGUACGUCGGCGAGAUGGCCAGCAUUAGAAUACGUGGCAAGCUCAGCUUGUUAGUUCAGCUCAGCUACGCAUUGGGCUUGUUGUUCUCGUACUUUGCAGGUUGGCUGCUUGGUGAUUACAUCACACUGACUAUCGCAUCUGCAUGUGUGUCGGUCAUGUCCGGCGUGCUGUUUUUGUUCUUGCCCGAGUCACCGUACUAUUUGAUGCUGGACGGUCGACCGGACGACGCGGCCAAAUGCCUCUGGUCUCUGCGGAGUUACACGGAUGACGAUUUACAGACCGAAUUGUUGUCCGUCAAAGAUUCCAUUUCAAACAACAGGAAUAAAGGAAGCAUCGGUGACCUGUUAAACAGAGACCGUUGGCCGCUGGUGAUCGUCAUAGUGUUGGCCGUACUGCAAAUGGCCUGUGGGGCUGGCGUGUUGGAAGCGUACGCGGCGUCCAUCAUGUCGAACACCCGGAUAUCGACAAACGCGUUAGCUGUCUACCUGGGCCUAGUCGUGCUUGUGGCCGCUGUGCCGUUCGCGCUGGUUGUAGACCGGUGCGGUCGGCGGCCGCUGAUGAUCGUCUCGUGCUUCGGCACGGCUGCCUGUCACGCGAGCGUGGCUACCGUCCUCUGGUGUCGGGACGUCGUUGGCCACAGCUGGCUGCCGCUGUUCGGGUCAAUAGCCGGCGCACAGUUCUUCAUCAACGUCGGCCUCAUGCCUCUGCUGUCCGUCGUCCAGUGCGAGUACUUCCCAUCGGACACCCGGGCCCUAGCCGACACGGCCGUCGUGAUGGCCGUCACGAUCACGUCCACAGUCAUGAUUACGACCUACCAGCCGUUGGCCGAUGCUCUCGGCGUGUCCGCCAACUUCAUCGUCUACUCGGUCGCUUCUCUGGCUGGCGGCCUGUUCUGCUGUCUGUUCAUGCCCGAGACCAAGCGCAAAUCGUUCGCCGAAAUACAAGUAGACUUUCACAAGACCGAACAGCUCGCCGACAGCGGAGUCCAGAAACUUUGCGAUUACCAGGAGAUUUGAACCGCGCGCCUAUCGUAUUGCGACUACUGCACAACAGCGUGUUCGGUGACAUUAGCACGAGACACAUUAAUUAAACGUGUCAAAUCUUUUGGUAGUACACUAGCUGGUACACUUGUUCAAUAAAUUAUAAAUGUACGAAUUAUGCGUCAUUCGACGUAACCAAAUCGUAUGUUUCAACGGGAAAAACAUCGCAAGACAUCACCGUUGACCGUUAGAUCUUGUAGAACUGUACAUUGACAUAUUUAAGUUAUAUUUAUUAAGACGCCGAUAUGUAUAUAUUUAUCAACAUAAAUUUUAAGGUUUUGUGUUUGGAUGACAAAUGACAUUUUUAAUUUCAUGGUAGGUAUUAUGCGUAUUAGUACAUUUAUAAUAUAGAUUUAUUAUAUACCUUAUCCCAGGGGUCACCAAUUAAUAUUUUUGAAAGGCCACAUUAGGAAUAAGUACAUAUUUACAUUAUUUAAAAACCAUUAAUAAUUUACAAUCAUAACAUAUAAUUUUGUCGUAAUAUGUGUUAUUUAUUCUUUGUCUGCGGGCCGGAUAAAAUGUGUCGCGGGCCGCCAUUUGGUGACCCAUACCUAAUCCUAAUCUAACUAUGUAUCGCGUAUUGAAUAUCGCGUUUAAUGUUACUCUUGAUUUUAAAUUUUUAAACAUGAUCAUAAGUUGAAUAAAAAAAAAUAUAUCCGCGUUCAAAAUUACAAAAUAUUAAAAACUGAAUAUCAAAAAUUACGAUAAUUUAGUAUUAAAAAUAUUUUAAAUAAUAACAAAUAUUAAAUAUGCGAGUAUUUUAAGUUACAAAUAUAACUUAACCUGUAGUUUACAUCUAUAUAUGUUUGUACAUAAUAUACAUUAUAUUUUAUAUACAUACG